UCUGCUGCCUGUCAUGGACAGACUCCCGUUUAUCUUUCUGCUCUUAUGGAUGUGCAGCUGCAGUGCCAAUGAUGCCCCUCAAAGCCAGCAGAUAAACCAGAGAGAAGAAGUGGUUCUGACCUCCUGUGACUUCAACCAGAACAGUUCCCCGUUCUGCAGUUUUAGGCAGGACAACACAGACAACAGUGACUGGAUCAGACAUAAAGGGGAGACUCCAACACCUGGAACCGGGCCCAGUGGAGACUACCCCAAUGGAGAGGGUUACUACAUCUACCAUGAAUGUGACAACGUCUCCAACGGACAGAAGGCUCGCCUGCUGAGCCCGGUCUUUUCCACAACAGCCUCUGAGAUUUGUGUCCAGUUCGUGUAUUAUAUGUACGGCUCUGAUAGUUCCAAUGUGCUGAGGGUUCUGAAAAAUACAGCCAGUGGUGAGGAGGAGAUCUGGAAAAGGACUGGUUCCUUUAGCCGCUCAUGGCUGAAUGGUUCUGUUACUGUGUCCAAACCCAGCAGUGAAAGUGUGACUGUUGUGUUUGAGGCUCAGAGAGGACAAACUGACUCAUGUGACUCAGCUCUGGACAACAUUGUCAUCACAGAAGGAGCAUGUCUCACUUGUCUCUCAGGCUGUGAUUUUGACAAAACCGACGACCUGUGUGGCUGGGAGAGUUAUGUAGACAACCUUGACGUUUUUGGCUUCGUUCAAUGGUCUGGACAGACAGACACUCCAAACACAGGGCCUGACGAUGACUUCUCCACACCUGGAGGCGGACAGUACAUGUUGAUGGAUUCCUUUGAUGUCAUACAUGGAGAGAGUGCUCAACUCAGAAGUCCAGUAAUACCCAACAGCAAUGGAUGUUUGGAACUCACCUUCUAUUACUAUCUUUAUGGCACCAGCACCAGCAUGAAGAUCAGCGUUCACGCAAUCACAGAUGGAAGCUUUGGACCCGCUCUCUUUGAGCUCGUAGGGAACCAAGGUCAAGGCUGGAAGCUUGCAACCGUCCGAUAUGAAGGAGCUGCAUCCCCACGGUUUGCAAUUAUGGGAACCUAUGGAGAAACACUUGAGACAGACAUCGCCAUUGAUGCAGUGUGCAUUCUUUCCUGCAAAGCCCAACCACCAACUUCAGAACCACCUACACCUAAACCACCAACUCCAGGACCAUCUACGCCCAAACCACCAACACCAGAACCAUCUACCCCUGAAACUCCAGUCACAACUAAACCUCCAAACCGCUGCCCUCCUAAUGCUGACUACAUAGAAUGUGGUCCAGCUUGUAUCCCCACCUGUCAAGAACCUUCCACCAACUGUUCGGGUUCCUGUAUCAGCGGCUGCUUCUGCAAACCAGGGUUCGUCUUUAAGGGACCUCGCUGUGUGCCCAUAGAGAAAUGUGGUUGUCUGGAUGAGGAUGGUAACUACUAUGAGCCUGGUGAGGUUGUACUUGGAGACGGUUGUUCAAAACUGUGCCGCUGUGCUGGGAACUACACUCUGGAAUGCACAGAUAACUCCUGCGACCCGUCUGAGGAAUGCCGAGAGGUGAACGGUGUUCCAGGCUGUUAUCCUAAAGACACAUCCACCUGCAUAGCAUCAGGAGAUCCUCACUACACCACCUUUGACAGGCGCAAAUACGACUUCAUGGGUACCUGCAGCUACCUGAUGUCUGGAAACUGCAACGCCACACAUCUGCCAUACUUUGAGGUCCAUGCUGACAAUGAAAUCCGAUACAACAGACCCACCAUUUCCUACCUGAAGGCUGUGCACGUGCAUGUGCACAUGGUGAAGAUCUCAAUACUCAAAGCAGGCAUUGUGCAGGUGAACGGGACCAACGUCAACCUACCCGUGAGCCCCGCCCCCGACAUGUCUGUGUUCAAGUCAGGAAAACAUUACACCGUUUCCAUGACCUUUGGUGUCACUGUUCGCUACGAUGGAAACCACUUCAUGGACAUCAAAGUCAUCAAAGACUACCAAGAUAAAUUAUGUGGACUGUGUGGGGACUACAAUAGAAAUUCCAAAGAUGACUUCCAAAAACCAGAUGGAACCAUGACCAGUGACGCCAACGAGUUUGGCCACAGCUGGAACACUGAUCCAGAGUGUAAUAAACAACCCAACGCCACCAUCCCUGGAUGUGAACCAGGAGAGCAGGAACUGUAUGAGGGUUACUGUGGAAUCCUGUUGGACAAAAACGGUCCCUUCGCUGUGUGCCACCCCAAAGUCAACCCCAAUAAUCACUUUCGAGAUUGCUUGUUUGACUUGUGUGAGCUGGAGGGAGCCAAACCCAUUCUGUGUGAAGCCAUUGAAGCCUAUGUCAACGAAUGUCAAGACCGCGGAGUUGACAUUGGACCCUGGAGGAACGAAACCUUCUGCCCACUGAAGUGUCCUCCCAACAGCCACUAUGAUCCCUGUGCUGACCCAUGUCAGGAGACCUGCUCUGGAAAGCCCUCCUCCUGUGGUGGGCCCUGCUCUGAGGCCUGUGUGUGUGAUCCUGGCUACGUCCUGAGUGCUGGCAAAUGUGUAAAGAGUGACUCGUGUGGCUGCAAACACACCAACGGCCAGUAUUAUGAGCCUGGAGAGGAGUUUUAUGUGGAGGACUGUAAGCUGAAGUGCAGGUGUGAUUCCCCCAUUGUUACCUGUGUGGCGUCUGAUUGUCCUCCAAUGCAUGAGUGCAAACUCCAGGACGGAGAGCUGGGCUGCUACCCAUUAGGCUCUCAGGACUGCAUCGUCUCUGGAGAUCCUCACUACAACACCUUUGACAAGAAAUACUACACCUUCAUGGGAACCUGCACCUACACAUUGGCCAGAACCUGCGGGAAUGACUCGGAUCCCUGGUUCUCAGUGGAGGGGAAGAACGAAGAGCGAGGGGUGUCCGGAGUGUCCUACCUGAAGAAACUCUAUGUCACCGUCAACGAUAUCACAGUGACCCUGAUGAAGUCCAAGAAAACUCUGGUGAACGGCGUCCUUGUGGCACUCCCUCACAACCCUUCACCACUCAUGUCCCUCAGUCUUGCCGGUCAGUACGUCAUCUUGCAGACCACCUUUGGGCUGAGGGUGCGCUGGGAUGGAAAUCAUUAUGCCCAGAUCUCCGUCCCGAGCUCCUACCAUGACCAGAUGUGCGGCCUCUGUGGAGACUAUGACGGGAACGCAGGCAACGACUUCACCAAACCGGACGGCACUCUAACGGGAAACGUCAACGACUUUGGGAACAGCUGGCAGACGGAGGAGGACGAGGAUGAAUCGUGUAGUCCAGGUACAACGCCUGACCCAGACUGUGACCCUGAACUGGAGGCUGAGGUGACUAAACCAGACAAGUGUGGGAAAAUUGAAGAUCCUUCUGGGCCCUUCAGAGAGUGUAUUGGUGUGGUGGAUCCUGAACCGUUCUUCCAGAGUUGUGUGUAUGACAUGUGUCAGUUCAACGGCGAGCUGCACGUUCUGUGCGACCAGCUCCAAGCCUACACUGACGCCUGCCAAAGCGCCGGAGUCACAGUCCACCAAUGGAGGGAUCCAGACUUCUGCCCCCUGGACUGUCCUGCUAACAGCUCGUACUCUCUGUGCGUGAGCUCAUGUCCUGAGACCUGCCUCGGCGUGGUCGGCCCCCCCGGCUGUGAGGACGUGUGUGUGGAGGGCUGUGAGUGUGACCCAGGAUUCAUCCUCAGUGAUGACAAAUGUGUGCCCCUGAAGGACUGUGGCUGUGUGGACUCCAGUGGAAACUACCACCCUGUGGACGAUGAGUGGCUGUUGGAGGGCUGUGAGCAGAGCUGUGAGUGUCUCAGUGGAGGACAGAUCCAGUGCCGCAACACCAGCUGUGAUCCACACACUGAGAUCUGCCAGCUGCAGGAUGGGCUGUAUGAAUGCCGACCUCUGGCAACUCCAGGACCAAGUACUCCCAAACCACCAACUCCUGGACCAUCCACACCCAAACCACCAAGUCCCGGCCCAUCCACAUCCAAACCACCAACUCCAGAACCAUCUACACCUAAACCACCAACUCCUGGCCCAUCUACUCCCAAACCACCAACUCCUGGACCAUCCACACCCAAACCACCAACUCCUGGACCAUCUACACCCAAACCACCAACUCCCGGCCCAUCUACACCCAAACCACCAACACCAGAACCAUCUACACCUAAACCACCAACUCACGAACCAUCUACGCCUAAACCACCAACACCAGGACCAUCUACCCCUGAUACUCCAGUCACAACUAAACCUCCAAACCGCUGCCCUCCUAAUGCUGACUACAUAGAAUGUGGUCCAGCUUGUAUCCCCACCUGUCAAGAACCUUCCACCAACUGUUCGGGUUCCUGUAUCAGUGGCUGCUUCUGCAAACCAGGGUUCGUCUUUAAGGGACCUCGCUGUGUGCCCAUAGAGAAAUGUGGUUGUCUGGAUGAGGAUGGUAACUACUAUGAGCCUGGUGAGGUUGUACUUGGAGACGGUUGUUCAAAACUGUGCCGCUGUGCUGGGAACUACACUCUGGAAUGCACAGAUAACUCCUGCGACCCAUCUGAGGAAUGCCGAGAGGUGAACGGUGUUCCAGGCUGUUAUCCUAAAGACACAUCCACCUGCAUAGCAUCAGGAGAUCCUCACUACACCACCUUUGACAGGCGCAAAUACAACUUCAUGGGUAGCUGCAGCUACCUGAUGUCUGGAAACUGCAACGCCACAGAUCUGCCAUACUUUGAGGUCCAUGCUGACAAUGAAAUCCGAUACAACAGACCCACCAUUUCCUACCUGAAGGCUGUGCACGUGCAUGUGCACAUGGUGAAGAUCUCAAUACUCAAAGGAGGCGUUGCGCAGGUGAACGGGACCAACGUCAACCUACCCGUGAGCCCCGCCCCCGACGUGUCUGUGUUCAAGUCAGGGAAACAUUACACGGUUUCCAUGACCUUUGGUGUCACUGUUCGCUACGAUGGAAACCACUUCAUGGACAUCAAAGUCAUCAAAGACUACCAAGAUAAGUUAUGUGGACUGUGUGGGGACUACAAUGGAAAUUCCAAAGAUGACUUCCAAAAACCAGAUGGAACCAUGACCAAUGACGCCAACGAGUUUGGCCACAGCUGGAACACUGAUCCAGAGUGUAAUAAACAACCCAACGCCACCAUCCCUGGAUGUGAACCAGGAGAGCAGGAACUGUAUGAGGGUUACUGUGGAAUCCUGUUGGACAAAAACGGUCCCUUCGCUGUGUGCCACCCCAAAGUCAACCCCAAUAAUCACUUCCGAGAUUGCUUGUUUGACUUGUGUGAGCUGGAGGGAGCCAAACCCAUUCUGUGUGAAGCCAUUGAAGCUUAUGUCAACGAAUGUCAAGACCGCGGAGUUGACAUUGGACCGUGGAGGAACGAAACCUUCUGCCCACUGAAGUGUCCUCCAAACAGCCACUAUGAUCCCUGUGCUGACCCAUGUCAGGAGACCUGCUCUGGAAAGCCCUCCUCCUGUGGUGGGCCCUGCUCUGAGGCCUGUGUGUGUGAUCCUGGCUACGUCCUGAGUGCUGGCAAAUGUGUAAAGAGUGACUCGUGUGGCUGCAAACACACCAACGGCCAGUAUUAUGAGCCUGGAGAGGAGUUUUAUGUGGAGGACUGUAAGCUGAAGUGCAGGUGUGAUUCCCCCUUUGUUACCUGUGUGGCGUCUGAUUGUCCUCCAAUGCAUGAGUGCAAACUCCAGGACGGAGAGCUGGGCUGCUACCCAUCAGGCUCUCAGGACUGCAUCGUCUCUGGAGAUCCUCACUACAACACCUUUGACAAGAAAUACUACACCUUCAUGGGAACCUGCACCUACACAUUGGCCAGAACCUGCAGGAAUGACUCGGAUCCCUGGUUCUCGGUGGAGGGGAAGAACGAAGAGCGAGGAGUGUCCGGAGUGUCCUACCUGAAGAAACUCUAUGUCACCGUCAACGAUAUCACAGUGACCCUGAUGAAGUCCAAGAGAACUCUGGUGAACGGCGUCCGUGUGGCACUCCCUCACAACCCUUCACCACUCAUGUCCCUCAGUCUUGCCGGUCAGUACAUCAUAUUGCAGACCACCUUUGGGCUGAGGGUGCGCUGGGAUGGAAAUCAUUAUGCCCAGAUCUCCGUCCCCAGCUCCUACCACGACCAGAUGUGCGGCCUCUGUGGAGACUAUGACGGGAACGCAGGCAACGACUUCACCAAACCGGACGGCACUCUAACGGGAAACGUCAACGACUUUGGGAACAGCUGGCAGACGGAGGAGGACGAGGAUGAAUCGUGUAGUCCAGGUACAACGCCUGACCCAGAUUGUGACCCUGAACUGGAGGCUGAGGUGACUAAACCAGACAAGUGUGGGAAAAUUGAAGAUCCUUCUGGGCCCUUCAGAGAGUGUAUUGGUGUGGUGGAUCCUGAACCGUUCUUCCAGAGUUGUGUGUAUGACAUGUGUCAGUUCAACGGUGAGCUGCACGUUCUGUGUGACCAGCUCCAAGCCUACACUGACGCCUGCCAAAGCGCCGGAGUCACAGUCCACCAAUGGAGGGAUCCAGACUUCUGCCCCCUGGACUGUCCUGCUAACAGCUCAUACUCUCUGUGCGUGAGCUCAUGUCCUGAGACCUGCCUCGGCGUGGUCGGCCCCCCCGGCUGUGAGGACGUGUGUGUGGAGGGCUGUGAGUGUGACCCAGGAUUCAUCCUCAGUGAUGACAAAUGUGUGCCCCUGAAGGACUGUGGCUGUGUGGACUCCAGUGGAAACUACCACCCUGUGGACGAUGAGUGGCUGUUGGAGGGCUGUGAGCAGAGCUGUGAGUGUCUCAGUGGAGGACAGAUCCAGUGCCGCAACACCAGCUGUGAUCCACACACUGAGAUCUGCCAGCUGCAGGAUGGGCUGUAUGAAUGUCAACCUUUGGCAACUCCAGAACCACCUACACAUAAACCACCAACUCCAGAACCAUCUACCCCUGAUACUCCAGUCACAACUAAACCUCCAAACCGCUGCCCUCCUAAUGCUGACUACAUAGAAUGUGGUCCAGCUUGUAUCCCCACCUGUCAAGAACCUUCCACCAACUGUUCGGGUUCCUGUAUCAGUGGCUGCUUCUGCAAACCAGGGUUCGUCUUUAAGGGACCUCGCUGUGUGCCCAUAGAGAAAUGUGGUUGUCUGGAUGAGGAUGGUAACUACUAUGAGCCUGGUGAGGUUGUACUUGGAGACGGUUGUUCAAAACUGUGCCGAUGUGCUGGGAACUACACUCUGGAAUGCACAGAUAACUCCUGCGACCCAUCUGAGGAAUGCCGAGAGGUGAACGGUGUUCCAGGCUGUUAUCCUAAAGACACAUCCACCUGCAUAGCAUCAGGAGAUCCUCACUACACCACCUUUGACAGGCGCAAAUACAACUUCAUGGGUAGCUGCAGCUACCUGAUGUCUGGAAACUGCAACGCCACAGAUCUGCCAUACUUUGAGGUCCAUGCUGACAAUGAAAUCCGAUACAACAGACCCACCAUUUCCUACCUGAAGGCUGUGCACGUGCAUGUGCACAUGGUGAAGAUCUCAAUACUCAAAGGAGGCGUUGUGCAGGUGAACGGGACCAACGUCAACCUACCCGUGAGCCCCGCCCCCGACGUGUCUGUGUUCAAGUCAGGGAAACAUUACACGGUUUCCAUGACCUUUGGUGUCACUGUUCGCUACGAUGGAAACCACUUCAUGGACAUCAAAGUCAUCAAAGACUACCAAGAUAAGUUAUGUGGACUGUGUGGGGACUACAAUGGAAAUUCCAAAGAUGACUUCCAAAAACCAGAUGGAACCAUGACCAAUGACGCCAACGAGUUUGGCCACAGCUGGAACACUGAUCCAGAGUGUAAUAAACAACCCAACGCCACCAUCCCUGGAUGUGAACCAGGAGAGCAGGAACUGUAUGAGGGUUACUGUGGAAUCCUGCUGGACAAAAACGGUCCCUUCGCUGUGUGCCACCCCAAAGUCAACCCCAAUAAUCACUUCCGGGAUUGCUUGUUUGACUUGUGUGAGCUGGAGGGAGCCAAACCCAUUCUGUGUGAAGCCAUUGAAGCUUAUGUCAACGAAUGUCAAGACCGCGGAGUUGACAUUGGACCCUGGAGGAACGAAACCUUCUGCCCACCGAAGUGUCCUCCCAACAGCCACUAUGAUCCCUGUGCUGACCCCUGUCAGGAGACCUGCUCUGGAAAGCCCUCCUCCUGUGGUGGGCCCUGCUCUGAGGCCUGUGUGUGUGAUCCUGGCUACGUCCUGAGUGCUGGCAAAUGUGUAAAGAGUGACUCGUGUGGCUGCAACCACACCAACGGCCAGUAUUAUGAGCCUGGAGAGGAGUUUUAUGUGGAGGACUGUAAGCUGAAGUGCAGGUGUGAUUCCCCCUUUGUUACCUGUGUGGCGUCUGAUUGUCCUCCAAUGCAUGAGUGCAAACUCCAGGACGGAGAGCUGGGCUGCUACCCAUCAGGCUCUCAGGACUGCAUCGUCUCUGGAGAUCCUCACUACAACACCUUUGACAAGAAAUACUACACCUUCAUGGGAACCUGCACCUACACAUUGGCCAGAACCUGCAGGAAUGACUCGGAUCCCUGGUUCUCGGUGGAGGGGAAGAACGAAGAGCGAGGAGUGUCCGGAGUGUCCUACCUGAAGAAACUCUAUGUCACCGUCAACGACAUCACAGUGACCCUGAUGAAGUCCAAGAGAACUCUGGUGAACGGCGUCCGUGUGGCACUCCCUCACAACCCUUCACCACUCAUGUCCCUCAGUCUUGCCGGUCAGUACAUCAUAUUGCAGACCACCUUUGGGCUGAGGGUGCGCUGGGAUGGAAAUCAUUAUGCCCAGAUCUCCGUCCCCAGCUCCUACCACGACCAGAUGUGCGGCCUCUGUGGAGACUAUGACGGGAACGCAGGCAACGACUUCACCAAACCGGACGGCACUCUAACGGGAAACGUCAACGACUUUGGGAACAGCUGGCAGACGGAGGAGGACGAGGAUGAAUCGUGUAGUCCAGGUACAACGCCUGACCCAGAUUGUGACCCUGAACUGGAGGCUGAGGUGACUAAACCAGACAAGUGUGGGAAAAUUGAAGAUCCUUCUGGGCCCUUCAGAGAGUGUAUUGGUGUGGUGGAUCCUGAACCGUUCUUCCAGAGUUGUGUGUAUGACAUGUGUCAGUUCAACGGUGAGCUGCACGUUCUGUGUGACCAGCUCCAAGCCUACACUGACGCCUGCCAAAGCGCCGGAGUCACAGUCCACCAAUGGAGGGAUCCAGACUUCUGCCCCCUGGACUGUCCUGCUAACAGCUCGUACUCUCUGUGCGUGAGCUCAUGUCCUGAGACCUGCCUCGGCGUGGUCGGCCCCCCCGGCUGUGAGGACGUGUGUGUGGAGGGCUGUGAGUGUGACCCAGGAUUCAUCCUCAGUGAUGACAAAUGUGUGCCCCUGAAGGACUGUGGCUGUGUGGACUCGAGUGGAAACUACCACCCUGUGGAUGAUGAGUGGCUGUUGGAGGGCUGUGAGCAGAGCUGUGAGUGUCUCAGUGGAGGACAGAUCCAGUGUCACAACACCAGCUGUGAGCCACACACUGAGAUCUGCCAGCUGCAGGAUGGGCUGUAUGAAUGUCGACCUCUGGAAAAUGGCAUUUGCUCUGUUUCUGGUGACCCUCACUACACCACCUUUGACAAGCGCACCCACCACUACAUGGGAGCCUGCUCCUACACCCUGACCAAACUCUGCAACAGCUCCUCCGAUCUGCCAUACUUCACCGUGGACACUCAGAAUGAGCACAGAGGCAGCAACACCAAGGUCUCCUACGUCAGAGCCGUAGUGAUCAACAUCAACGGCAUGACUGUCAUCCUCGGCAAGGGCCGCACCGUCCAGGUCAACGGGACAGUGGUGGUUCCGCCUGUCAGCUCCAUCAGCGGAAUGAAGAUAUACUUCAGUGGAAAGUUUGUGGUGCUGGAAACCUCCUUUGGCCUGAGAGUGCGAUUUGAUGGAAACCACCACGCGGACGUCACUUUGCCGUCCUCCUACAGCGGGCUCCUCUGCGGCAUGUGUGGAAACUUUAACGACAACCCAACCGACGACAACCUGAAACCAGACAACACUCCGGCAGCAAACUCCAACGAGCUGGGAGACAGCUGGGUGGUGCCUGACCCGCGACCAGAUUGCACAAAUGGCGGAGGACAGGAGGAGUGUGAUGAGAAGGUGGAGGAGGAGGCUCAGAAGCCCACGAGCUGUGGAAUGAUCACCGAUCUCAAUGGUAUCUUCAAGCCUUGCCAUGCUGUGGUUCCACCUGAGCCCUACUUUGAAAACUGUGUGUACGACAUGUGUGCCACCGGAGGUCAGACAGUGGCUCUGUGCCAGGCCAUCGAGAGCUACGCCGACAUGUGUGCGGCUGCAGGCAUGAACAUCGCCUGGAGAAACAGCACCUUCUGCCCUCUCAAAUGCCCCACGGGCAGUCACUACACUCCAUGCGGCUCUGCCUGCCCCCCGCCCAGCUGCCAGGAGCCUGACAGCUCUGGAGACUCAUGCGACCUGCCCUGCGUGGAGGGCUGUGUCUGCAACGACGGUCUGAUCCUCAGCGGAGACAAAUGCGUCCCGCUGAGUGAGUGCGGCUGCACGGAUGAGGAUGGACAGUACCGACCCGUCGGAGACACCUGGUUCACAGAGACUGACUGCUCGGAGCGUUGCAAGUGCAACGGCAACCACAACAUCACCUGCGAGCCGUGGCAGUGCAGUCCUGCACAGGAGUGCAAGGUGGUGGAGGGCGUGCUGGACUGCCACUCUACAGGUAAAGGAGUGUGCCAUGUGGCCGGAGAUCCGCACUACUACACUUUUGACGGUGUGAUGCACACAUUCAUGGGAACCUGCACAUACACGCUGGUGGAGGUGUGCAACAAAACUCAGGUCACGGACUUCAGGGUGGUGGCUAAAAACGAGGAGCGAGGUCAACCAGAGGCGUCCUACGUCCGCUCAGUCAAAGUCUUCCUGCCUCAGGACACCGAGGUGGAGCUGCAGAAGGGCCGCAGAGUCCUGCUGAACGGGCGGCGGGUGCGGACACCUUUGACCAUUGACACCAUUGGAGCCAAAGUGAUCACCAGUGGAUCCUACAGCCUGCUGGACACCAGCUUUGGCCUGCAGGUGAAGUUUGACGGAGUCCACCACCUGGAGAUCACAGUUCCUGGAGAAUAUUUUAACAAGUUGUGUGGCAUGUGUGGAAACUACAACCACGACUCCUCUGACGACAACCUUAAGCCAGACAAGCAGCCGGCCAAAGACGUGAUUGAACUGGGCAACAGCUGGAAAUCUGAAGGGGACAGCGAUCCGGGCUGUCAGCCGGACACCCGUCCGGACAUACAUCCCAACUGUACCGCAGACGAGGAGGAGCAGUUUAAGGCCCAGUGUGAGCAGGUCAUCACCUCCGCCAGCUUCAGGCCCUGCCACUCUGUGGUGUCCCCGGACGCGUUCCUGGGUAACUGCAUCUACGACAUGUGCGAGUACAACGGCAUGCAGGCCACCCUGUGCGACAACGUGGAGGCGUACGCUCAGGCCUGCCACAGCGCUGGAGUCACCGUCACAUGGAGGAACAGCACCUUCUGCCCCCUGCCUUGCCCUCCCAACAGCCACUACUCCGACUGCACCGCCCCCUGCCCGCCAACCUGCUCCGACCUCUUCCCCAUAUUCUGCCACCUGCCUCCCACCGCCUGCGUGGAGGGAUGCGAGUGCAACGCCGGCUACGUCCUGAGUGACGACAAGUGCGUUUCUCUGGACAAGUGUGGCUGCGUGGGAUCGGACGGAGAGUAUCAUGACGUGGGCGACUCGUGGCUGACUGAGAACUGCGACGAAUCUUGUAGCUGCAACCUUGGAGGCCAAAUCACGUGUGAAGACCACAGCUGCAACGACAACUCUGUGUGCGGCCCGGACAAAUAUGGAGACAUCCAGUGCCAGCCCACCAAGUUCGACAGGUGCACCAUCUCUGGAGACCCCCACUACCGGACAUUCGACGGCUUCACCCACCACUACCAAGGCCCUUACACGUAUGUCCUCACUCAGGACCACAACCUGCAGGGCUCCCUGAAGCCCCUGAUGGUGAGGGGCAAGAACCUCCGACGCGGGGGCAAUAAGAGGGUGUCCUUCCUGGAUCAGAUGUACAUCAACGUCUACGGCGUUGACGUUCGCUUCCUGCAGAAGAAGUCUGUCCUGGUCAACGGGGAGCGGGUCACCCCACCUCUGAGUCCAGUCAGUGGUCUGACUAUCUCCAUGAACUCCAAGCAGGUCCAGCUCACCACUGACUUCGGACUCACCGUGCGCUUCGACGGCAAAAGUCGAGGAGAGGUCAUCCUGCCCAGAACCUACAGCAACGCCGUCAGGGGUCUGUGUGGGAACUACGAUGGCAUCACCAGGAACGAGUACAUGAAGCCCGACGGCACCGUGGUCCGGGACCUGAACGAGUUUGGAGACAGCUGGAGGGUCAGCGAACGACUCGCUCAGGAGCCGAGGGUCUUCCAGGCUCCUUCCGUCGCUCGCAUCCACAGGCGAGACGUGGAGACAGAUCCAGACUCAGGAUUUGAGACCUCCGACUGCUCUCAGUCCGACCUCGACGACUACAACAGCGUGACAAAAUGUGGAGCCCUGUCCGACCUCGAGGGUCCCUUCGCCGCCUGCCACGCCGCCCUGCCGCCCAAGAUCUACCAGGACGAUUGUGUGUUUGACCUCUGCGCUGAGGAAGGCAGCGAGGAGCUGCGCUGCGCCAGUUACGAGGCGUACGCCGUCAUCUGCCAGGAGGCCGGGGUCAAGCUGGGGUCCUGGAGGCAGCAGCUAGGCUGCGCCCUCACUUGUCCCGCCAACAGCACCUACACCGCCUGCAUGUCCCCCUGCCCGUCGUCCUGUGCUGACCUUGCAGCGCCGUCAGAGUGUGACGCCACCGCCUGUGUGGAGGGGUGCCAGUGCGCCCCCGGCUUCGUCAUGAGUGAGGGAACCUGUGUGCCGUACACAGAGUGCGGCUGCACCUUCCUGGACCGAUACUACCCGCUGAACGAGAACUUCGUGACGGAAGACUGUUCUCAGUCCUGUGUGAGCACGAGCACCGGAGCAGCGUGCCAACCCAAAACCUGCCCGGCUGGCUAUGUCUGCACCAUCUAUGACUUCAAGCGAGAUUGCUACAGAGAGAGCCCCUGCCUCAGCUCCCCCUGUCUGAACGGAGGAACGUGCACGGAGGGCGGCAACUACACCUACACCUGUGAAUGUCUAGAAGGCUUCCAGGGCUCCAACUGUGAGGAGGAGAUCACGCCUCCUGGAGAGGGCCCCUGUCUCAGCAACCCCUGUCUGAACGGAGGAACGUGCACGGAGGGCACCAACAACACCUACACCUGUGAAUGUCCAGAGAACUUUGAGGGCACCAACUGUGAGGAGGAGGUCAUCCGGCCUGGAGGACUGGAAACCAAGUGGAUCAUCCUGAUCGCCGUCCUGGCCUCGGUGGUCGUCUUCGCCGUCAUAAUCAGCGUCGUGUGUGUUUUGAAAAAGAGAGCCAAGAAGAAGAAGAAGAAGUUCACAGAUGGACCGUACAGCAUGAAACCUACCGACGUUCCAUAUCAAAACAUGGAGGAUGACAAAGAAUCCAACGCUGACAAAGACUCUGACAAAGACUCUGACAAAGACUCUGACAAAGACUCUGACAAAGACUCUGACAAAGACUCUGACAAAUUACCCAACUUUGACAGAGACUCUACCAAAGACUCUAAGUCUGACAGAAGCUCAAAUAGCAAAAAAGGCUCUGAUGAUGAAGACUCGACUGAUGAAGAGGAUGGUAAAUCAACCCCGCUGUGAUGCACCUGAAUCCAUCAAUCCGUUCUGCACUUUUCUGGUUUUUGUUUCUUAACUUAUAUUUUGAAAAUGUUGUUUUUGGCUAAUGUUAGUGUUUCCUCCGUAAAUGAUGUCAUACAAAAUGCAGGAACUUUAUCGAUCAAAUGAAAACAAACAUGACAGUUUGUGUAUUUUAUGCGCUGUAACCGUCCAUGCAUUCUUGAUUACUUCUUUGUUUCUUAAUUCCAAUAAAAAAACUGUUUACAUUAACUUAUAUAUAUUUAAACAGUAAUUAGGUGAAUUGUUCUCCAGUAACAGAGCUGGACCGUCCAUGAAUGUCAUUAUAAAAGGUUUCAGUGUCUCAUGAUUCAGUUUUUAUUUUAUUCCAUUAAAUCACUAAAUGAUUUGUUUUUACAGAAAUAAAGUUUGCAUAUAUA